AUAUAAGUGUAAUAUUUGAUAAAUAUACUUCUAAUGUAAGAAAGCAAAUCUGUAAUCUGGAUACUUUAAUACCAGAGUUAAAACCCUGGAGUACAGAUUUUGAAAAAGCAGCAAAAAUGACUGAGUGGCAGUCAAUCGUUUCUACAGGAGUGAUACAGAAUUCAUACGGAUCAUUUGUGCGCUCAGGCAGAAAACCAGCGGAACCUCUCUUCCAACAUUAUGUCGAUCCAGGCGAAACAUUGCCAGGAAUCGCACUAAGAUAUGGAACUUCGACCGAAGAAUUAAGAAGGAUAAAUAAGCUCCAUUAUACUGAUUCAAUACAAUCCCGACAAUAUUUAUUAAUUCCGGGACAGAAAAAUGGUGACUCAUCACAAAAUUCAGCAGUAAAUAAUGCAAAGUCAGAAAGUCCAAAAUUUCUUUUGAAAAAGGGUAAAAAUUCUGCGGAAAAUGAGUCAAAUUCUUCGCCGCAAAAACCAACAGUAGCAGAAGACAGUGUCCAUGAUUUUCUUCAAAAACUUGAUAAACAAAUAAAUUCAACAAUGAAAGUGACAUCAACAAUGCUCUCUGAGAAAAACGAUAUUGAAAUUCGUAAAAAUACUCACACACCUUGUGCCAAAUUUAUGAGGAGAAAGCCCUCGUUUGAAUCGGCCACAAAGACAACUUUUUCAAACUCUAAUUCCUUUCAUCAAGACACAGAUGAGCUAUUCCAACUUUAGUUUUAUUUAUCUCUGUUUUUUUAGCAUAUCUAUUAGUUCAAACAUUGAAAAAUGUCAUUUGUAAUUUCACUAUCACUGUCACUUUUGGGCUUAUGAUCUGUGAUUUGUUGUUCUUUUUUGAUUAGUCUCGUUUUAAGACAGGCUACCAUAUAUGGAAAGCCAAUUUAGACAUAGAACACAAACCUUUGUGCUACACUUUUCGCGCAGUAUGUAGCAAGACUCUGUAUAUAAAGUGUAUGUUUUCCCGUGCAUUGAUUUUGUAAUCCUGACCAAUCUUCAAAAAGUCAACAAUGACAUAACAAUUGAAAUUUCCGCUCAAGCAAAUAGUUUGCGUAGCAAAAUAAGCACAAAAAAAUAUGGCAAUGUUAAAUAUAUGGGGGAAUUAUUCUUGGAACAAGGGAAACGUCCAUGUCCACAAGGUGACCCAAAAAACAGAUCUUAAAACAGUUUAUUUGAAACAUAUUCUAGAGGGAACAUAACUUUUGGGCAAAGCUUCCUAGAUUACUGAGUGUUGAAUAAAUUGUCAUAAAUAAUUUUCAUGGAGUAAUAAAAAAAUUUAUAGGUUCUUUUUUUUCGAGUCGAGUUCUUCCUGAACACAAUCAUAUUCGUCCAAAUGUCUGAAAGAGAUUCACAAAUUUAUUUAUAUGGUCUAUUUGGGUAGCAACUUUGGUCGUUACUAUCAAUUAUGCUCCAUUGUCCGCCUAGUGGUAAAAGUGGCAGAGACUGCGUAAUAAAUUUUUUAAUAGUUUAGUAGUUGAAAAAUAUCAGGUGUUAGUUAUGUAGUUGAAAUGUGUUUUGUUCACACACAUUAUUAUUUUCUUUUGAUAUAUUUAAUACUCACUUAUUAAUCAUGUUGUCCUUGUAAUUUUGUUUUUAACGACCAUACCUAAAAGACUGCUUUUUUCACUUUUGUCAACAUGCACUUGGUUUACGGGCAUAAUAUACUGACAUCCAUUAUAAAUUCACACCUAUUAUGAAUUCACAUGUAUGUUAGUGACUGCU